UCAUGCUGCUGCCAGGUCCAAGAAGUGUGUCAUGGGUCCCUGUACGGCCUCCCAUUGCUGCUGUCUCCAUCGCCACAUCUCUGCCAUGUGCCACUUUCAGGUCUCCUCACACUGCUGGUGGGUUCCAUUUUGUCAUAGGGUGCUGUUAUGGCCUCCCAUUGGCAGGCCCGUAAUCGGGCCCCCCGUACCGAUUGCAUGCAUGCUGCCAGGGCCCGUAAUCUGUCAUGGGCCCCCCAGUAUACCGCCUCCUCAUGCUGCUGCCAAAAAUGGUCCCGAGUGUUCAUGGGUCCUCUAACGGCCGUCCCAUUACUGCUG